UUCUUUCUGGAACUUGCCUCUAUUUCAGCACUAUCAGAAGAAAUGCUGUAUUUGCAUUUUUGUGAAACGCAAGGGGUACAUUUUCGUGAAACGCGUUUUUAUUGAUGUUGCUAUCUGAGAGUGAAAAUCCUCGCAAAUCGCUUCCGUGAAACGAGCCACUGAUUUUCAAACAGAAUUCCACUUUGACAGUCCGUCAAUUCGACUUGUCUGAGAGUCACAAGUCUCCCCUGUAUAGGCUAGCUAACAAAAAAGAAAACUAUACACCCCAUCUCUUUAAGAACAUCAAAACCCCACCGGAUGUGCUGUCUAUUUUAUCUUCAUCUCACUACCGCUCAUCGACCACUCAGGCUAAGCCAAUCGUUUGGCCUACAGUAAAAUAUCCGGUGUCAAUUCGGCCGUAACAGAGUGUAUACGCGUCAAAUAUGGAACAUUAAAUCCGCAGCAAGGGUUGAUUUAACACCAAAUCUGUGUACCUUCUGAAAGAACAGGCUGAAGAGGCGCACAUUGGCAGAAGAUUGUGCUCUGCUAAAAAGAGGAAAAUAAGUUAAAUAUGCUGGCAGAAAACUGGGAAAAUGAGUUAGGGUUGCUUGCCAAAAGGAAGGAGGGAACAAGUGCGGAUUCAGGGCAAGAACUACAUCACUUCCCCGAUCACUCCUCUACAACAUCAGCUUCACAGAACAUGCUGCUGGUCGUGAUGUGGAGAGUUGUGGUCUGGCUGCUGAUUCUGGGCCUCCCUGCCCUCGGCUGCCCCUCAGGGUGCCGCUGCUACAGCCUGACCGUGGAGUGCGGCUCCGUGGGUCUACAGGAGGUGCCGCCCCACGCCCCGCCCACCACCCAGACCUUCUUCCUCCAGGAUAACGCCAUCGGCCAGAUCCGGCAGUGGGACCUGUCUGCCCUCGGGCAGCUGCGCUACCUGUACCUGCAGAACAACAGCAUCUCGGCCCUGGAGCCCGGGGCCUUCCGCGGCCAGGCCCAGCUGCUGGAGCUGGCCCUCAACCGGAACCGCAUCCACCUGCUCUCCGCCGACACCUUCCAGGGCCUGGAGCACCUGCGCGUCCUCUACCUGUCCGGCAACCGCAUCACCCGGCUGCAGGACCACACCUUCCGCUGCCUGCAGCGGCUGCAGGAGUUGCACCUCCAGGAGAACAGUGUGGAGGUGCUGAGUGAGGAGGCGCUGGUGGGGCUCUCCUCCCUGGCCCUGCUGGACCUGAGCCGCAACAGCCUCCGUACCCUGCAGCAGGGCUCCCUGCGCCCCCUGGCCAGCCUGCAGCUGCUGCGGGUCACAGUGAACCCGUGGCUGUGUGACUGUGCCCUGCUGUGGUUCAGGCGCUGGAUGAGCCGGGAGGGCCAGCGGCUGCUGAACCCCGGGGGCCGCAGGCUGCUGUGUGCGUCCCCGCCGCGCCUGGCACAGCGCCCCCUGCUGGAGGUGCCCGGGAGCAGCCUGGUGUGCAUCCCGCCGCUGCUGCGCCUGGAGCCGCGCAGGCAGACCCUGCGUCCCGGGGCGGAGCUCCGCGUGUCCUGCCAGGCCUCGGGCUUCCCGCAGCCCCAGGUCAGCUGGAGGAGGGGGGCCCCGGGGGCCCCGGGGGGCGGGGGGGGCGAGGGCGCGGGCGAGGCGGAGGCCCGGGGCGGGAGGCGUUUCGGGUUCGGCCCGGACACCGGCAGCGGAAUGCUAUUGCUCAGCAACGUGACGCCGGCCCACGCCGGCCCGUACGAGUGCGAGGCUCGAAACGCCGGGGGCGUGUCCCGCCUGACCUUUCACCUCUCGGUCAACACCUCCUCCUCCUCCUCGCCCUCCUCGCCCUGGCGGGCCCGGCGGGGGCGGGACUCGUACCCGGGCGGCGGGGCCGUGAGCAGGGAGCCGCUGCGCGCCCUGACGCAGGGCAGCAUGGACUUCCACGCGCUGGGCCCCGGCCCGCAGGCCGGCAUCGCGGCGGGCAUCGCCCUGCUGGCGCUCACGUCCCUGCUGCUGCUCGCCCUCAUCUGCUCCCGCCACCUGCGCCAUCGUCUGCGGAAGGAGGGGGAGGGGGAGGGGGGGGCGGCCGCGGCCCUGUUCGCCAACGACGCCCCCCUCGCCCUGCCGCAGGAGUACCGCCGCGGGCGGCUCUACGCCCUCCCGCCGGCCUCCCGCCACCAGGAGGCGCUGUCCCGCGCGCAGGGCCGGGCGGAGGGGGACGGGCGGGAGGCGGAGCCCGCAGACGCCCUGUGCCCCAAUCAGAGCCUGCUCUUCGACACGCGCGUGGCCUACGAGAUCCACUGCUGA